UUGACUUUACUGCCGAGCGAGGUCAUCCGUCAAACUUUGUCAAAUCUAGAUUGGAGAACUUUAUUAACGUUGAGACUCGUAUGCAAAUUUCUCUGCUCGACAGUGGACGAAAGUCCUUCUGCCCAGUAUGCCACUGAGUUGGCUGUGUCUGGCCUGGAGGAUGGUAGGUCACGAAGCCCGCUCACAGUCGCAUCACGACUUGCGUUGCUCAAGGAGCGCAAUGAGCACUGGGAGACAUUACAAUGUGUAGAGUCGCGAGACCUACCCCUACUUCAAGACGAUGAUGAAUGGCAACUGUGUGGAGGAGUACUCGCCCAGUCUAAUCUGUUGGGAACCAUGCGUUUGUAUCAACUCCCUUCGCAGUACCGCAACAUUACAGCCAGAUCAUGGAGGAUACCCUUGCUUAGCAACACCGAGGACUUUACGAUAGAUCCUGCCCAAGAUCUUCUGGUGCUUGUUGAGAAGCCCGUCCUGAUGUACGUUUCCUUCCUGAUGCAUUCAUAUAUGCGGAUUCGAAUACAUCCACGAUCCCUCACCACUGGACAUACACAUCCGUCUGCGGUCGAAGUCAUUGAUUAUCGCCUGUAUAUGCGAUCUGCUAAACUCGAAAUGGAACUUAGCAUCCAAACAUGUAGCGAGUACCUCACUAUCUUGUUUAUAAUCGAAGACAACACGUCAGAGCUCGUCGUGUGGAAGUGGAAAAUGGGUCAAGUAAUACUG